GUCUUUUACUAUCUCCUGAAGUGUGGGCUGGGCUGAGCUUCACAAUGGUUUAAGUAAGUUCGGAAUCUCCAGAGUUUGGGCGAGUAUGAGGGGUUUUAAUAAGACAAAAGAGGCGGAGACGGCAGACGGUCAUUCAACAUUCACGACCGACCCUUAAUCAUGACGCCACUGUAAUGUCAUUGCUCCACCACCCUGAUACAGAGAGAGAGAGAGAGAGAGAGAGAGAGAGCGAUCGAGAGCGAUCCGAGCGAGAAAACAUACACACACACACAAUCAUACUCACACUCGCAUCUUCCUCAUACUCACCGAAAAGUGGAAGCUGCAAAAGAGAAGGAGGACAGCCGCCUGCCUCAACCCGACGAUCGUGCGGGUGUCUGGCAGUUUUGGGGUGUGCGCGCGGAUUUUCGUUCGUUCUCGGGAGCUGACGCUGUUCGUGGCGUUUGACGCGCGGCUCGCUCCCUCCACACCUCGAGGUUUGUGUCGCCGACCAUGUAGCAGAAAGCGAAGCCGGUUUUGACGAAGGGAAGAAAAAGGAAACACGAAAGGCUUUUCUCUUUCUUUUUUUUUCUUAAACGUUGCUUGAUCACCAUGGAGUUGUUCGUUACGACAGGAGGAAUCGCCUUUAGAAUCCUGCUGUUUUUUUUCUUGAUCUCUAACUUUCAGGUUCCUUUUGUACAGUCUCAGCCUGGAUCUGUUGGGAACCUUACUGUUGAGACUUCAACCACAUCCGCAUCACUUUCCUGGACUCCACCAGCAGAAAACAAUGUCGCAUACAAUGUAACGGUAGUGGAAGCUAAUAUAACAAUGCAGACCAACCACUCUUCUGCCAAUGUGACUGGUUUAAUUCCAGCAACUAGAUACACAUUCAUUGUCACUUUAGUGGCACAAGAUAAUCAGAAUGGAAGUAAUGUUAACAUCACAAAGUAUACAAUCCCUGACAUUGUUGGGAACCUUACUUUCAUGGCUUCAACCACAUCUGUGUCACUUUCCUGGAAUCCACCAAAUGGAGGGAAUGUAAAAUACAGAGUAGAAGUAGUGAAUAUUAAUAAGACAUUAUGGACCAACAACUCUUCCAUCAAUGUGACUGAUCUAACUCCAGCGACUAGCUACACGUUCAGUGUCACUGCAGUGACACUAGAUAAUCAGACAGAAGGAAGUAAUGUUACCAUCACACGAUAUACACUCCCUGACAUUGUUGGGAACCUUACUUUCAUGGCUUCAACCACAUCUGCGUCACUUUCCUGGAAUCCACCAAAUGGAGGGAAUGUAAAAUACAGAGUAGAAGUAGUGAAUAUUAAUAAGACAUUAUGGACCAACAACUCUUCCAUCAAUGUGACUGAUCUAACUCCAGCGACUAGCUACACGUUCAGUGUCACUGCAGUGACACUAGAUAAUCAGACAGAAGGAAGUAAUGUUACCAUCACACGAUAUACACUCCCUGACAUUGUUGGGAACCUUACUUUCAUGGCUUCAACCACAUCUGCAAGACUUUCCUGGAAUCCACCAAAUGGAGGGAAUGUAAAAUACAGAGUAGAAGUAGUGAAUAUUAAUAAGACAUUAUGGACCAACAACUCUUCCAUCAAUGUGACUGAUCUAACUCCAGCGACUAGCUACACGUUCAGUGUCACUGCAGUGACACUAGAUAAUCAGACAGAAGGAAGUAAUGUUACCAUCACACGAUAUACACUCCCUGACAUUGUUGGGAACCUUACUUUCAUGGCUUCAACCACAUCUGCGUCACUUUCCUGGAAUCCAUCAGAUGGAGGGAAUGUAAAAUACAGAGUAGAAGUAGUGAAUAUUAAUAAGACAUUAUGGACCAACAACUCUUCCAUCAAUGUGACUGAUCUAACUCCAGCGACUAGCUACACGUUCAGUGUCACUGCAGUGACACUAGAUAAUCAGACAGAAGGAAGUAAUGUUACCAUCACACGAUAUACACUGCCUGACACUGUUGGGAACCUUACUUUCAUGGCUUUAACCACAUCUGCAUCACUUGUCUGGAAUCCAUCAAAUGGAUGCAAUGUAACAUACAAAGUACAAAUAGUGAAUAUUGGGAGGAUAUUAUGGACCAACAGCUCCUCCAUCAAUGUGACUGAUUUGUUCCCAGCGACUAGCUACACGUUCAGUGUCACUGCGGUAGCACUAGAUAAUCAGACAGAAGGAAGUAAUACUACCAUCAUACGAUACACACUGCCUGACACUGUUGGGAACCUUACUUUCAUGGCUUCAACCACAUCUGCGUCACUUUCCUGGAAUCCAUCAGAUGGAGGCAAUGUAAUAUACAAAGUACAAAUAGUGGAUAUUAGCAAGAUAUUAUGGACCAACAGCUCCUCCAUCAAUGUGACUGAUUUGUUCCCAGCGACUGGCUACACGUUCAGUGUCGCUGCGGUAGCACUAGAUAAUCUGACAGAAGGAAGUAAUACUACCAUCACACGAUACACAUUGCCUGACACUGUUGGGAACCUUACUUUCAUGGCUUCAACCACAUCUGCGUCACUUUCCUGGAAUCCAUCAAAUGGAGGCAAUGUAAUAUACAAAGUACAAAUAGUGGAUAUUAGCAAGAUAUUAUGGACCAACAGCUCUUCCAUCAAUGUGACUAAUUUGUUCCCAGCGACUAGCUACACGUUCAGUGUCACUGCGGUAGCACUAGAUAAUCAGACAGAAGGAAGUAAUGUUACCAUCACACGAUACACACUGCCUGACACUGUUGGGAACCUUACUUUCAUGGCUUCAACCACAUCUGCAUCACUUCUCUGGAAUCCAUCAAAUGGAGGCAAUGUAACAUACAAAGUACAAAUAGUGAAUAUUGGGAGGAUAUUAUGGACCAACAGCUCCUCCAUCAAUGCGACUGAUUUGUUCCCAGCGACUAGCUACACGUUCAGUGUCACUGCGGUAGCACUAGAUAAUCAGACAGAAGGAAGUAAUACUACCAUCAUACGAUACACAUUGCCUGACACUGUUGGGAACCUUACUUUCAUGGCUUCAACCACAUCUGCGUCACUUUCCUGGAAUCCAGCAAAUGGAGGCAAUGUAACAUACAAAGUACAAAUAGUGAAUAUUGGGAGGAUAUUAUGGACCAACAGCUCCUCCAUCAAUGUGACUGAUUUGUUCCCAGCGACUAGCUACACGUUCAGUGUCGCUGCGGUAGCACUAGAUAAUCAGACAGAAGGAAGUAAUACUACCAUCAUACGAUACACACUGCCUGACACUGUUGGGAACCUUACUUUCAUGGCUUCAACCACAUCUGCAUCACUUGUCUGGGAUCCAUCAAAUGGAGGCAAUGUAACAUACAAAGUACAAUUAGUGAAUAUUGGGAGGAUAUUAUGGACCAACAGCUCCUCCAUCAAUGUGACUAAUUUGCUCCCAGCGACUAGCUACACGUUCAGUGUCACUGCGGUAGCACUAGAUAAUCAGACAGAAGGAAGUAAUACUACCAUCACACGAUACACACUACCUGAAACUGUUAGGAACCUUAUUUUCAUGGCUUCAACCACAUCUGCAUUACUUUCUUGGAAUCCACCAAAUGGAGGCACUGUAACAUACAGAGCAGAAGUAGUGAAUAUUAAUAAGACAUUAUGGACCAACAGCUCCUUCAUCAAUGUGACUGCUCUAACUCCAGCGACUAGCUACACGUUCAGUGUCACUGCAGUGGCACUAGAUCAUCAGACAGAAGGAAGUAAUGUUACCAUCACACGAUAUACACUGCCUAACAUCAUUGUGAACCCUACUUCUGUUGCUUUAACAACAUCCUCCAUAUCCCUUUCCUGGAGUCCACCAGUAGGCGGCAGUGUGACAUACAAAGUAUACUUACUGAACAAUGGAACUGUAGUUUUAACAAAUACGUCAUCUGUUAAUGUGACUGGACUGAUGCCUGCGACUAGCUACCAGUUCAGUGUCUCUGCAGUUGCACAGGAUCAUGAAACAGAAGGAAACAAUGUUACCAUCACACAAUAUACAAAACCUGGCCCCAUUGGCAACCUUACUGUCACAGCUUCAGCAACAUUUGCAUUAGUGUCCUGGAUUCUGCUAAAUGGAAGCAGUGUCACAUACAAAGUAAUGGUAGUGGAAACUAGCAGGAUAUUUUGGACCAACUACUCCUCCAUUAACGUGACUGAUCUGAAUCCAGCAACAAAUUACACGUUCAGAGUAACUGCAGUGGCGCUAGAUUAUCAGACGGAAGGAAGUAGUGCUACCAUCAUACAAUAUACACUGCCUAACGUCAUUAUGAACCCUACCUCUGUUGCUUUAACAACAUCCUCUAUAUCCCUUUCCUGGAGUCCACCAAAAGGAGGCAGUGUCACAUAUAAAGUAUACUUACUGAACAAUGGAACUGUAGUUUUGACAAAUAUAUCAUCUAUUAAUGUGACUGGACUGAUGCCUGCGACUAGCUACCAGUUCAGUGUCUCGGCAGUUGCGCAGGAUCAUAAAACAGAAGGAAACAAUGUUACCAUCACGCAAUAUACGAAGCCUGGCAAAGUGGAGCAACUUAAUACUACUACAAUUACAGCAACAUCUAUACUGCUUUCCUGGUAUCAAGCACAAGGUGUCAAUAUCUCAUACAAAAUCAUUGUACUUGACCAACAAAGCUAUAGUUCAACAUUCUACACUUCCAAUUCUUCCUUUAAUGUGGCUGGAUUAUCUUCUGGGACUAGCUUCUCAUUUAAUGUCACUGCUUUGGCUGCAGAUAAUGCAACAGAAGGGUAUCCUAAUACCAUUACAGGAUGCACAAAUGCUGCACAAGUUCAAAAUGCACAUUGUUUUGGCCCAGAUAACAAUCCAGUGCUGAAUAUAACAUGGCAACCUCCAAGUGGUUCAUAUUCAGCAAUUGAUAUUUUAAUUAAUAAUGUACAGAGCCAACAUACAGUUUUUCCUUCUAAUAAUUCUUAUACAGUUAACAAUCUAAAGUAUGCUACCAAUUACAAUAUCAAUAUAACAACUAUAUCAUGUGGUGAGAACAGUUUUGGUGUUGUUCUAAACUGCAACACAGGAAUCUCAAGUCCACCAGUACCAUCUGGUCCUCUAAAUGUCAAUAUCCAAGAGAAAACUUAUCAGACUGUUAAAUUUAGUUUCAAGUCAUUUUCUAAUGAAAAUGGAAACAUUAAUGCCUAUGCUGUAAUAGUCACUUCAAACACAGGUAGUACAACUCCUAACAAUUUAUCUCUCAGUAAAACCUAUACUGACUACAGUAGUGGAAAUACUGACAGUUAUGUGACAGCUAUAAUCACUCAAAGUUCUGAAGAACCAUCUGUAACUAUAGGAGAUGGAACAUCAUAUUAUGAUUAUAAAAAUAAUGUGCUUGCUGCUACAAAAUCAUACAGGAUUGCAGUAGCAGCAUUUACCAAACUGACUUUGAGUGGGAACAAAGCAUCAAAUGGAAAUUUAAUUGAUACUGCAAAGUCAUUUUUUUCAAUCACCCUGUUCUCAGAUACAAUUUAUAUUCCAGAAAAUCCAGCUGUCAUUGGAGGAGCAGUGGGAGGAACACUGGCAGCACUUCUGAUUCUGGCUUUACUUACAGCGAUUUUGUUCAUUUACUGGAAAAGGCGCAGCAAAAAUCUUUCAUCUUCUGGUAAUGCUGUGCCUUUCAACAAAAUCAAGAAAAAUAUUCCAGUAAAGAUUGAAAACUAUGAGGACUACUAUCAUCAGCAAACUGCAAAUGAAAACUGUGGUUUUGCAAUUGAAUAUGAGGAUCUCAAAUUUGUUGGCACCAAUCAGCCCAAGAUGGCAGGGCUUUCCUUAGAUAAUAAAGGGAAGAAUCGUUACAAUAAUGUGUUACCAUAUGAUGUUUCUCGUGUCAAGCUAUUAAAUCAAGGCAACAUAAGCGGAGACUACAUUAAUGCUAACUAUAUGCCAGGCUUUAACUCGAAGAAAGAAUUCAUUGCUGCUCAGGGUCCUCUGCCAAAUACUACUGAAGAUUUCUGGAGAAUGAUCUGGGAGCAGAAUGUGCACACACUCAUCAUGCUUACACGUUGCAAUGAGCAAGGAAGGGUAAAGUGUGAACAGUACUGGCCUUCAAAUAACACACAGACCUAUGGAAAUAUACAAGUAUCUCUGGUAUUUGAUGCUGCUACUGAAGAUUGGACAAUUAGAGAUUUCACAAUAAAAAAUCAUCUUGGUGAAAAUCGUAAUAUAAGGCACUUCCAUUUCACAGCAUGGCCAGACCACGGAGUCCCAGAGACAACAGAUUUGCUCAUUAAAUUCAGGGAUCUAGUGAGAGACUAUAUGAAUCUGCACUCCAGAAACUCUCCAACCAUAAUUCACUGCAGCGCUGGAGUCGGGCGCACAGGAACAUUAAUAGCUCUUGACCACCUCAUCCUUCAGAUAGAGAAGGAAGGCAUAGCGGAUGUAUAUGGAAUAGUCUAUGGACUUCGAAUGCACAGGCCACUGAUGGUACAAACCGAGGACCAGUAUGUAUUUUUAAAUCGGUGUGCCCUGGACAUCAUCAGAUCAAAGGACUUUUCAAAUUCGGACCUGAUUUAUCAAAAUACAGCAGCCUUGGGAAUCUAUGAGAACUUUGUACCAAACUUCAAGAGAGAAAAUGGCUACCGCUGUUAGUACACAAACCCUAAGAGACUGAACAACUGCAAUACUUUUAUCAGGUUUUAAUCAAACUAGUUGUCUUUUUUUAAAACUGAAUUUUGAACACAAAAAUCUGUUUUUUGUAAUUUUAGCUACUAAAAAAAUGAUGAAAUAGGAGGACCAAUGUAGUAAAGCAGAUUUGCUGACCAACUAUACAAUACUGAGAUAUUUUCGCCAUCGGACACUUGUAUCUAUGCUUGUAUAUGCGAUAUGACUUUGAGACAUGGGCUAUGGCUGUCUAGUGACCUGAGAUGAAGACUGGACUCCUUCGGUACUGCAGCUCUUUGGGGAAUCUUUAGGUACCGCUGGUUUGACUUUGUGUUGCUCACAGAGUCCCAAAUGAAGCACAUGACCUGCAUUGUGAGGGAGCGUCAGUUAUGGCACUACGGCCAUGUGAUUACCCGAGGGUGAUCCAGCUCACAUUGUUGAGGACUGUAUGGCUGGACCAAUCCAAGGGAUGUCCACAUAACAUAACUCUGGCUGCAGCAGAGAGAGGGCCAUUUCCAGGGGUGGGAUUGGACUACCUGUCUGCUUGUUUUGCCAACUGGGAUCAUGAGCUGUUUCGUCGUGUGGUGGGUGCAGCAACGAGCUAUACCAGUGCAUGCUGCCCAACCUGACCUGGCACUUGUAUCAUGGCUUGACAGCUAGACUACAGCCAUAAAGCAUUUAUGCUAUUUGUUAUUCUGAACAAAAAAGAAAGACGCCAGCUGUUCUCAAACUAUGAAUCAAACAUUCUUAUUAAGGUCAACAGUUGGCGCUGGCAUAGUAAUUAUAAAGCAGUUCUAAAUGUGCAAGCUAAUGUGCCAUCCGUUAUCUUCCCGCAGCUUUUAGAACACAACUGCAUCCAAACAUCUGUAUUGGUCGUGCAUUUACUGCUAAGAAUUAAACUGAUUCAUUUUUGUAUUUUUUUUUUUUAGGAAACGUGUAAAUUGCCUACCAAAAAUAGUUAAAUCAUUGCACUGGAAUAUGUAUUCUCUCCAAAAACAAUUUCUUAAAGCAGUGUGGCUAGCUGGUGACUGCAGUGUGCCAUUUGACGGAUAAGUGCAAUAUGACAUUUACUUUGUAAAUAUUGUGUGUGUCUGCUUGUAAGUUUAAAAUGAAGGUUUGUCUUCUCAGGUCAGCAGAGAAUUUUUACAGUGAAGACUUCAAAGCAGUAAGAAAAAUGAUGUGCAAAAAAUUUGAAUGCACAUUAUUUAAAAGUAUGUUUCACUAUAUGAGUCCGUAAUUUAAUGUCUGAUAUAUUUAUGUGAAUCUGAUUCAAAAUGUUAAAGAAAACAUGUUAUUAAGUUAAUUAAGUUAAUAUUUUUGUAUAUUGUACAUGCCUGUGACUUUAAAUGCACUGUUUUUUUUUAAUCUACUUGCUUUUAAGAGAACAUACGUGUGACAUGGCGAGCGUCUAAAGCAAAACCACACGUUUAGUUAAAGAAUUUGGUGCACUGGUUGCACUGUUAAAUUCAUGAAGAUAUACAGUUUAUAUUAAUAUAAUUUUAAACCAUAAAAUUAUCAUUUUGCUUAA